AUGACGAACGACGCUGCAGAUGCGGGGGAGAAGAUCAACGUGGUUGUCGAGUUCUCCGGUGGUCUGGAAAUGCUUUUCGCUGACCAGCGGCGUCACUCUCUUUCGAUCCCGGCGGUGAACAAGGAGGGCAAGCCUGCAAAUAUCGCCUUCCUCAUUGACUAUCUAUGCGAGAACACCAUGAAGGACAGUAGAAAGGAGCUUUUCGUCCUUGAUGGCCAUCUUCGACCGGGUAUCCUGGCUCUCAUCAAUGAUGCAGACUGGGAGCUUGAGGGAGAGGAGGCGUAUGAAGUCCAGAGCGGUGACAAUAUCCUGUUCGUCUCGACGCUUCAUGGAGGUUAA